AUGCUAAUUUGGGGUUAUAAAUACAGCCGAGGAGGAGCAGCGGAGCAGCAAAGAGCCCAGCUGGAAGGGGAGCGAGCCACUGGCCCAGUGCCUCCUUCCCUUCCCAUCCCAUCCCACCCAUUCCAUCCCAUCCCGUCCUGCCAAGCUCCCUGCCCCAGGAUGACAGCCACGGCCACCACGGGCACGCACAAGGUGGCCAGCACCAAGGAGGAGAGGAAGUUAAGGAAACCCCUCAUUGAGCGGAAGCGAAGGGAAAGGAUUAAUAACUGCUUGGACCAGCUGAAGGAGACUGUUGUGGGUGCAUUUCACCUGGAUCAGUCUAAACUGGAAAAAGCAGACAUCCUGGAAAUGACAGUGAAGCACCUCCAGAACAUCCAGAGCAGCAAGAUGCUGGCCGACUCCAAGGUGGGGCUGGAGGCGCAGCAGAGGUACAGCACCGGCUACAUCCAGUGCAUGCACGAGGUGCACAACCUGCUGCUCACCUGCGAGUGGAUGGACAGGAGCCUGGGGGCGCGGCUGCUGAACCACCUGCUCAAAUCGCUGCCCCGCUCGGGGGAUGAGCCCGGCAAGGCAGCGCUCCGCUCCGGCAGCCCGGCUCUGCAGCCUCUCCCGACACAGAAAAAUGCCCCGAGCCCCAAGGGCCGAGGCACAAGCCCGGCGGAGAACAAGCAGGCUGCCAAAAAUCCCCUCCAGCUGCCCUCGCUGCCGCUCUGCAGCCAGGCUGAUGCUGCGCCUCCUCCCAGACAGGUUCUGCAGCCAAAUUUUUCCCAUAACAACCCCAGAAUGGGGUCAUUAGAUAUGUGGAGACCGUGGUAAAGUGUGCUUUCCAUUUUUGUCCUAACCUUAGACACUCUUUACGUAUGUAUCUUAUAGAUAUGUUGCUUUAAAACACUUGUGGAGCAAAUCUGUUCCUGUAGGUGUACUAAAGACCUGGGUACUUCAAACCGAAGUAAACCUAUGUGUAGCCUGCAUUGUAGAAGGCUGCUAUUAUUUCUUAUUUAUUUAAUACAUCUAAAUUAUUGUCUAGAAUCCUCUCGUGCUCUUUAGUGUAUAAUAAUGAUAUAGUUUUCUUGUCUUACAUUCUAAAAUAAUUAACUUUGUGUUAAUAAAACUACAAGGCAAUAAGCAACAAACCUCUCUGGAAUCAAGUUUACCUUCAGAUCUCACAUAAGCCAUUGAGAUCCCUUUGUUGGAUAAAAGGGUAAGCAACUGGUGUCUUCUGCUUUGUAUUUUUAAUAUCAUCCCUGUGCUGUGUAGGAUAUUCCACUGUUGAGUCCUGUAAAAAUGCUGCAAUUAUUAGGAGGAAAAAACAAAAAAAAGAGAAAAAGGGAGAGACUUGGUCUGGACUUUUUAGAGAUGCUCUGUGGGUUGCUCGCUCAGGCUUUACUGUUCCCAGCCUGCUCUAGAGCUUGUGAGUACAUGU